AGAGGCUCUUCUCGGCGGCGCAUGCGCGAGGCAGACAGACGCUCUGGUUCAAACCGAGGAGGGAUCGUUGGCUCGGCGGACGGAGCGGGGGGCGUCGCGCGGGGCACUAUGGCGGUCAGCACGGGAAUAUCGCUGGUCCUUUCCUCCCUGUUAUCCCUGCUGCUCUUCACCGGGAUGCAGAUGUACAGCCGCCAAUUGGCGUCCAGCGAAUGGCUGACCAUCCAAGGGGGUCUUUUGGGGUCUGCCCUCUUCAUUUUUUCCCUCACCACCCCCCCCACGCAACAAACAAAGGCCUUCAACAAUUUGGAAAGCCUGAUUUUCGGCAAAGGGUUCCAAGCAAAGGUGUUUCCUGAAAUUAUUUCCUGCCUUCUCCUGGCCCUGUUUGCAUCAGGACUGAUUCAUCGUGUGUGUGUCACCACUUGCUUAAUCUUCUCCCUGGUGGCUCUCUACUACAUCCAGAAGAUCUCUUCCACCUUCUACCAAAUGGCCACCCCAGUCUCCGUCCCCGUGAAGACGGUCAGCAAAAGCCGGAAGAGGAAUUGACGGCGGGACGUUGGCCUUCUCGCCAUUCCGGUUUCCCUCGGUGAAAUUCAAUAAAACCUCUUUUUUUUUUAAUAGACCAAAAACAGCAA